AUGGAGAGCACGACCAGCGUUCCACACAACUGCGAGUUUCUCCCGCACUCGUGCAAAUGCAGUCAGCAAGAGCCCUCGCUCUCUGCGCCUGGAGACGUGGAGGGAGAAGAAUGCAGCCCUAGCCUCGGCUCAGCCUCUCCUUCCUCCGUCUCCUCUCCGGUCGCGUCGCGCGCCGCCUGUGCUUUCUGCCUUUCCAGCGCGUGUGCCGCUGAGCCGUGUCAGUUGGACAGGGCUCGGCAGAGGCAGGGGACGGUGGAAGACCUUGCGCUGUUUCGCGUUUUCGAGGACGAGGACCAGGAUGGCGAAGGCCUGUGCGACUCCACCGUUUCGGCCGUCGCUCUGGAGGGGUGUCCCGAGUGCACGGAUGCCGCCGAGGACGACGAAGCUGCUCGACGCAACGAGAGCCUCGAGAUGGACGCGGCGAGCAACGGGGAAACCGAGAGUCCCGCAGCGACUUCGGGAACGGCACGUCGCGUGAGACGCGCCCGCGGAACAUCUUCGUGGAUUGCCUUCCGGUCGUCUGCUUCGUUAGUCUGGCCUCCCGAGAUCCGAACGCAGCUCUCGUCUUCGUCGCUCGCGUCGCUGCAUCACGAGGGUGAUUCUGGAACUUCGAGCAGCUCUGUGUUCGACCUCCCGCCGCCUCCGGACUUUCACUUGUCCGCCCUCCUUGGUUCGCCGUGCCAUUCGUUCGUCGCGUCUUGCAGAUCCACCUUCUCAGCGUCUUCGACCGCUGGUGCCGAGCUGUCUGCGGAACUUCCUGACGCGCUCCCCCAGUCCCCUGCUCUCCUGUGCUCCGCUCCCUCGCUGGAAGGCCUCCUGGCGCCGCCUGCAGCGCCUUUACCGGCUCGACGCAGGCAAGACGAGGGUCGUCUCGGUGCCCGCCACCCCCGCGAAGAGACACGCAGCCCCGAGACCGGCUUCUCGCGCUUUCUUCGCCCCCGUCUCCCGAGUUGGGGUGUACGUACACCUGGCCUCGGGUGGGUCUUCUGGAGACGUCCAGAGCCCGCCGGAGUGGAAGAGCACGCGGGGCCCAGCGAGGGAAGGCGCGAGGACAGCUCGGCGCGGGGACGGCCGUCGCCUCCAGAUGGAGAGGCGCCGCGAGCCGCUGCCAGGAGGGAGGAAGACCGCGCACCUCGGGCGCAGGAAGAGAGGGCCUGGCGAGAAGGGCGAUCCUUGCGGCAUCUCUCUUCAGGGGCUGAGAGGACCGACGUCGGCGAAGACGAGCGGUCAGGCAGUCGCCUCGACAUGUGUCGCGUGAACCUCGCACGCAUCGGCUGGAAGCUCCACGCCUGUGGCCCGAACGGGACGUCUCUUCUCUUCUUCAUCCUGUUCCUCUCCAUGGUGUGCUUUCCUCUCGUGGUAGCAGCGCGCGUGCUCUUUCCGCCGCCGCUCGUCCCCGACUACGUCCUCGCAAUCAUCCCCUUCUUCUGCUUCCACUGCGACGCCAGCCUCACCGACCCGGGGCUCAGCCGUCUGCGCCUCCCCCUCAUGGCCUUGCAUCUCGUGCCCCUCCUCGCUCUGCUCGGAUCUGCGCUCGGGGCGACGUGGGUCUGUCACCUCGCGUGUGUCCCUUUCUUCAUCGUCCUCCUCUCCCGCUGGCCCCGCGCCGCCUGCCUCGUUUGCGUGGUCGUCCAAGUGCACCUGGAACUCGUCCUGAUCAGCUGCGAUAUCUGUCGGAUUCCAGGCCAAGGAAGUCAAGGCUGGGUCCUGGGCGUCGUCGUGGCGUUGGUGGUGACGAUUGUGCCUUGGAUGUUCUUCCUCACAGUGAACUCUCAGCUUCCGCAAUGUACCUCCGCGUCUCCACUCCCCUGUGUCAUCCCGUCUGCGAGUGCCCUUCUCCUCUUCUGCAUCUGUCUCCUCUGGUGUUUGACGAACGCGCUCCUCGUCUCGAACCUCUUCUCCCUCUUCCUCAACCACGCUGCCGAGGCCGCCCCGACAGUCCGCGCGAAGGAGGCGUCGCUGCUGCGACGCGCCGUCGCCGCGUCGCAGAUUCGCCGGGACAGAGUCACUGUCUCGGAAGCGACGUCUUCCGUCUUCUUGGGCGUCUCGAAGAACGCAUGGAUCCGCGCCGUCGCCUGCUUCACAGCCUCGGCUCUGGGCUCAUCCGUCUUCGUUUUCCUCUACGUCUUUAGAGACACUCUCCUCCCGAGGCCAGCGCGGCGGAUGCGUGAGUCGAGAAGCAUGUCCGUGACCAGCGGCUUGUACGGCGGCAGGCUCCACUCCAUCAGCGAAGGGUUCGAGCGCGAAGAGAGUCUGGAGACCGUGGACCACGCGCCGGGGAGUCGCGCGGAGAGCCUCAGCGCGGGACACCGACCCGGCUACAGCCGCGGAGGCUCCGCCGACAGCCGCGGCGGAAGUGCGUUGUACGGCCGGAGCGUCGAACUCGUCCGCACGGGGAGUCAACGAGAGGCUGAAGGGCGCAGCUGGGAGUCCGUGGAAAGGCGAGCGAGCGACGUCGAGAUAGAAGACUGGAGACAGCGAGCCGUGCGCGCUGCGGAAAUCCAGCGGAGACUCAAAACCCACCGUCUUCCCCAGACCGUGGACCCGCGCGUGUCGCCGAAAAAGAACGCAUGCAAUCGAGCUCUCCCGGUUCCCAGUAGCAAGGAAAAGCUUGCGUCGAGGGCAGUGCAUCCGUUUGCGCACGACGCCGCGAGCGUCCCUGCGCGUCCGACACCCGACCCUUCCGUCUCUAAGGCUUCGCCCGCCUCGCCAAUGUGCACCAUCUGCCAAGACGCCUUGCAAGGAGGCUCUUGGGUCAGCGAGGUGCCCAGGUGUUCUCACACCUUCCACGCUGCCUGUCUCCAGUCUUGGCUUCUCCACAGAGGCACGUGCCCGAACUGCAACGCCGAUUUAGGAGAGGCGCUGCUCGGCGAAUCUGUGGAAGUCGUCGCCUAG